GCCGACCGCAGGCCCAACGCCGUCAAAUUUAUCAUAAUGACGCCGCCUAUCAUGAACGAAAGCAACACGCCUCAUUCGGCACCAUCCGAGUCGCAUUGGGUUGAUCAUGGUCAAGACAUUAACGCAAACAACAACGAUGAAGGUCGGCCAGCGAAACGGCGCAAGACGCGUCUAGCGUCCGGUGCGAUUCCGUUCGCCCCGUAUGUCUGCGGUGCAUGUGCCCGGCGACGAUUGGGUCCUGAGCAGUGCGUUUACAUAGAUCCUUCGAGUGUGCACAAUGAUAUCGACCCUCAGUACGUCAAGUCGCUCGAGGAGCGCAUUGGUGAGCUGGAACGUGCUAGAGCACUAUCCGUUUCAGCAUCAACUCCAGCAACGCAUCAUCCCGCUCAGCAGACCUCGUUCAACUCCACUGGUAGCUUUGGGAACAAUGCCAGCACCAGUGGGAACGGCCUGCCACCAGUCUCGCCUAAUGAGCGACACCUCGCAGCGUCCCAGCUCAUCCACAUGCAGAGGCUAGGUCGGAGCGAUGCGUCGGACCAGUCCAAUCAAGGAUCCGCCGGUGAGGGGGAACCGGAAGAAAAUCCUGCGGCUGGAAGUGCCAUGGGUGCGACCGAGACGACUCCGGCAGAGUCCGGCCGUACCGUCUUCCUUGGUCGUUCCAGCGCUGCCGCCUUCAUGCGUGAGGUGCAGGAGUCUACGCGCAGACACCGACGGCUGUCGGGGAACGGUGGUGAUGAUGGACUUAGUCCAUUGUCUGAUGGCGGCACUACGACUUCGAGAAGAACGGCCGUCCGUCGGAGGGGUAAGAGAGAGCGUGAGGAACUUGCCGCUCUGUGGAACGACAUCAUCCUUCCGCCAAGGCGAGUUGCAGACGCACACCUUAGUAAGUACUGGGAGUCGGUCCACCCGCUUUUUCCCGUUUUGCACAAAGGUUCCUUUGUGAAAUGGUAUGAGAGCACAUGGAAUCACGAUCCUUCCGAAGAAUCAAAAGAGAAUGAAACAGUACACGCAGUCAGGGCUGCCCAUGCACGACUGAACAUUGUGCUCGCUCUGGGCUGCAGCCUUGCGUCUUCUGAAGAGCCGAGUAACGCGGCCAAGAAGAGCGCAAAUGUUUUCUAUGAGCGCUCACGCAACUUACUACGCGACGCUGAUAUGGAUCACGGAUGCUCUAUGAAGCUCGUCCAAGCACACAUCCUCAUCGCUCAGUACUUGCAAGCCACUGACCAGGUCAACAGCUUUUGGCUUGCCAUCGGGACGGCGAUCAGGGCCGCACAGGGUAUCGGGGUCAACGAGGACAGCCCCACAGACAGCCAAGUUGAGAGGGAGGAGCGCCAUCGGACUUGGUGGGGGUGCAUUCUUAUGGACCGUGUCGCUUGUAUGAUUCUUGGCCGACCGACAAUGGUCUCAUGGCGAACCGUGGUCCCAAAGCCUAAGCCGGCAGACGAUGAAGCAUUAUCUUUCAAGCCUGGCAGCUGCCUUGCGGAGAUUACGGCAGAUCCGAGGUCCCAGACAUACUUUUUUGUCGAGACUUUAAACCUGGCGGAUAUUAUGGUCACUGUUCUCGAACACUUUUACGCCCCGUCACCCGACUCUCGGAACGCAGGACCUGAGGGAGUCAACAUUUCGGAUCUUCAAAAAAUUCUGGAAAUAGAUAUGAGACUGGCUCGAUGGCGAAAACAACUUCCCGCACAUCUGCAAUUCCCCCUUCCCGCAAAAAAUUCUGAACUUUGCUCGACUGUUUUUGCUAAACAGGCAGUGGUUUUGCAUUGUCGUUACUUACACCUACGAAUACUGCUCUUUCGACCAACCACUGUAGAGCUUUCCAAUGGACAGUUCUUCGAGGCCGAAGCAGCUGGUGCCACCACGGAUUUCCAACGGCAAAUUCUACAGGCCUGCAUCAGAUCAUCGGUUGCUGCAGCCCGCGAAUUGAUCGAGCUCAUCUGGAACGGAAUGGCCAGUGACGAGGGGCCGCCAACGCCUCCUUGGUGGUAUUCAGUCUUCUAUCUCUACACUGCUGGGACUGUCAUUCUUGCCAUCCUUCUCACACCAAGCCUUCGACUUGCAUUUUAUGAUUGCUGUCGAGGAAAUAGGAACGAGGAAGAACUGCUUGAUGUUUCAUGGGCACAAUGUGUCGAGGCCUUGUCCAUCUCCAAACGAUCUGGCAGCGUGUUUGCAAAACGAUGCCUGUGGAUAUUGCAAGCGGCAUACGAUCAAAGGGCGACGAAUGACAAUAUGAAUGCGCCAGAAGGGGCUGGUCCUGGCCGCUCUGAAGCCACUGGCUCUCAACUGGUCACCGUGUCUCGACCUCACAGCCAAAGACAGGGCGCGCAGACUGCCAUCACUGGUCGGGAACCGGAAGCCAAUCUCAGUGCUGGUACCGGACUCACAAACAAUGCUGCUUUCCUGACGGCCAGUCAGCAAUAUACCGAUGACCUUUUACUUCAACUUUCCUGGCCAUCAGGAAACAUGGACUGGCUCUACAACCUGUCUCAUGGCCUCGACCACAAUCAUAUGGAUCCGGCAACGGGUGCAUACAAUGAUGACAUGAUACAAGAAUAAUAGCCAAAAGGAG